UCUUCAAAAAUAUCGAAAGAUUUAAUGAAUUAGAGAGUCGUCUCUAGAUAUUAUAUGGAUAUACUGUAGGUACAACUCUUGUACCUGUCGUAUUGGCAUUCCCAUACAAAGAGUCCCUUUAUGUGGAGUCAGUUUUUAGGAAGUGGUUUUGGGCUUUAUGGAAUUAUAUUCUUAAAAGAUUUUAUCUGAUAAAUAAAAGGGUAGUUUUUAAGUCCUAGGUAUUCUAGGAUUUUGUGGAUAUCUUGGAAUAAAAGCUCUUUCCUAAUACAAGUCGAAUUAGGGUAAAUAUUGGCUUUAUUGAGUAGUUGCCACAGGCCUAUUAGAUGAGCUGAAGAAAUACACGGUCUAAAGCAUACAUUCAAAAACGCAAGAAUUUGUGAUAGGGUCUUGCAUGUUUGUUUGAGUUUGUGCCUUCACAAAGAGUCAAAACACUUGGUCCAUGUAUAAGUGUUUGUGAUCAUAGUUUCAUAUGCAUAAUACUCUCUCGAGAUCAGUAGAGCGACUGUGAAGAAAGAAGAACAAGAUUUGAAGAUCGUUCAAGUGAAGGAGUUCUUGAAGGAAGACAAACUUUGUAUUAGAUUUUGUGUGAAUCUUAUAGCCGAGCUAGUGCUAUUCAAAGUUUGUAAAAGAACAUAUCCUUUUCAAUAUGAUGAUCUUUAUUUUGGGUUCUCAAGAGUAAGAGCCCCGCAGUGUUUUUAAUCUCAUACUUGAGGUUUUCACUGCGUAACCAAAAUCUGGUGUUUAGUUUGUUAUUUUGGUUUCUGCUGCCCAGUAAGGAUUGAUCAGUGUACUGCAAUCCUCGUUUUCCAGAAAAUCAUAUUCUGUCCUUGUAUUUUCACUUGGCAUCAUAGCAGGUUCUAAAGCUUUUUUAGUUGAUCCGUGGUCAAGGAUGGAACGUGAAUAUAACAGAGCCUCUAGUUCUAUAAAUUGGCCGCCUUUGUUUGAUGGUGAAGACUAUUCACAAUGGAAGAUUAUGAUGGGGGCUUUUCUCUACUCUCAAGAUGAAAACAUGUGGAAUAUAGUUGAGAAUGGAUGGGAACAUCCAACCAAGGCAGAAGAUUCAAAGAAAGUAGAAGGGUCCUCUGCAAGGGUUCUCAAACCUAGGAAGGAAUGGACAGAAGAAGAAGUUCGUGAUAGAACUUGUGACUUUAAGGCAAGGAAUUCACUAUUCACAGCUUUGUCCAAGAAGGAGAGGAUGAGAAUUAGCCACUGUGACACAGCCAAACAAGCUUGGGAUCUACUUCAGGUUACUUAUGAGGGAAACAAGAAGGUUAGAGGUCAGAAGCUUCAAAGACUCGUAUUGGAAUUUGAGAACAUGACCAUGGGGGAAGAUGAAUCAAUUGAUGAUUUUCACGCUCGACUUCUCAAUGUGACAAACCAAUGCCGUAGCCUUGAUGAUCCAUUUGAGGAGCAUCGAAUAGUCAAGAAAUUUCUCAGAGCUCUUCCUUCAAAAUUUCAAGCCAAGCAAAUUGCCAUAGAGGAGACUCAAGACCUGGACACCUAUUCUCUUGACGAACUGAUAGGUAAUCUCAAAACCUUUGAGAUGAGGAUCAAGCCCGAGAAAAAGGUAAAAAAUAUUGCUUUCUCUUCUGUUAAAAAGAAAGAUUAUAUUGUUGAUGAUUCUGUGGAUUUAGCUUUGUUGACAAAAGAGUUCAAAAUUUUUUUUAAAAACAAAUCAUUUGGAAACUCUUCGAAAAUUUUGCCUAACAAACCUAAAUGCUUUGAGUGUGGUGGAAUUGGUCACCUUGCUGCCGAUUGUGGCAAUAAAAGGUAUAAUUUGCGUGGAAACAAGGCUCUAAAAUCUACUUGGAGUGAUAGUGAUGAAGGCUCUCAAUCUGAGAAUGAAGAGGUAAAUCUUGCUCUUACUUCUUCACUUAAUAUUGAUUUUUCUGAUGGUUCUGACUUGGAAGAUGAUACUCUUGAUGAAGAAACAAAUGAAAAGUGUAAGCAAUUGUAUAAUGCUUCCAAAAUUGUUCUUCGAAAAAAUAAAAAACUUGAAGAAAAAAUUGAAUCUUUAAGAGAAGAAAAAGAAAAAAUUGAGCUACAAUUUGAAACUUCUGUAAAAGAAUGGAAUGUUGAGCGUACUAACCUUGUUGAUAAGAUAAAAGUUUUGCAGGAUGAGGUUAAAUCUGAAGUUGGGGACAAGGAACAUGGUGAUGUCGUUAAUAAAAUUAAAGUUUUGCAGGUUGAAGUCAAGGCUCAAUCCACUUUGAAUGUUUCACUAACCCUUGAAAAUGAGAAAUUGCAGGAUGAGUUGUUUAAAGUCAAGGAAAGCUUCAACAAAUUCUCCAUAGGGUCUGAAAAGGUCUCCAAGAUGAUAGGAUUUGGUAAAACUCACGGCAACAAAGAAGGGUUAGGGUUUGAAGGUGAGUCGUGCAAGCCUUUGACCUUUGUAAAAGGUGUGGAAGGUGAAAAUCCGCUGCGUCAAUCACAUGCUUCAGAAGACAUUGAUUCUGGUCCCAAAUUGCCCAAAAGACCAGAAUGUAAAUUGGACCUUCAAACCUAUAAAAAGGUUGCUCAAGUAAGUCCUGACAAACUUUGUCAGCCCAGGGUUACUCAAAAUCAGAGGAAAACGAUGGGUAUUAACUCACAUGCCUCGCUGCAAGCUGAGUUGAAAGAGGGUCUGAAUCUGAUCGCCAGGAUUGCAAAGCUGGCUUCAAUCCCCGUGAAUCUGGAACCAAAAAUGAAGCAGAAGCAAAUAUGGAUUAAAAAAGGUUCAAAUAAUCGUUUUUCUACUCAUAUGGAUAAUCUUGAUAAUAUGUUUGAGCAUGCUUUUGUUCCUACUGAUCACAAAUUGGCUAAUUUGUUUACUAGGCCUUUAGACAUACCUCAAUUUGAAUCACUUAGAAGCACCGUUGGUGGAUGCUCUAAGUAUUGAUACUCUCACUUCAUUUGAUCCAUUUUGCAUGCAUUCAUGGUGUAUGUCUUCAUGAUAGUAUAGGUGCAUUUUCUUUAUGUCUCUGCAUUGUUAGGUUCAGUUUCUGGAAAUUUAGAAUUGAAAAAUAGUGGUUUGUAUCCCCGAGUGUUUGACAGAUUAUUUUGAACUUAGAUUGACAAGGGCCAUACUCUUUUCUUUAAAUCUGUGUGCAAUAAGGUGCCUAGCACGUUUUGAACUUGUCCUUACGUCACUCUGUAAUUGUGAGCUUGAACAACAUAUUCUCUACAAUCUUGAAACCUCACAUGCACACAUACUCUAAGUGGUGGUAAGUCUUAAUUGAUGGUUGGCUUGUUCUCAUUGCUCAUGUACGAAAUUACUCUUGUUGGUUGCUCCUUGAUAUAAAAAAAAAAAAAAAAAAAUGUAGUUGGUUAAUGGAGCAUGGCCAGACUAUUCCCAAAGUAAACAGGCCUCGGUCGUGACGAACGAUAUGAGGAUUGGGAAGAAACGGGAAUGGUUUGGUCACCCCGGUGGAUUGUGAAACUAUUGACUCGAGUAGAUGUGCUCUUUGGGAUGUCCUUGUUACAUCUAGUACCCUAAAGUCAUCUGACUUGGGAGCUGCUAGCAUAAUACUCGUUCCAUGGGUCGUAGUCUUCUUGAGCAAAAAUGUUACUUUGUGUGAAAGGCAAAAAGAAAAAAUUCAAAAUCAUGCCCACACGGUGUUAUAAGGGGGAAUAAAGUUUAUGUGCUUAGAUGUGUUUCGUAUGUGAGCUUUGCUUUUCAGGUUUCCACAAAUAUUACACACCCCAUCUUGAGAUAUGUUCACUCUUCACAACAAGAGGUACAGAAUACUCGACCACACUCUAUCUUACCUUGUGAUUGUCGGAAUCAAUUCACUCGUGUGAACUUAUUUUGUUGCACUCUUGUUUAUGGUUAAGUGGUAUUGCUCUUGUUGGAAAAGCUAUGCAAAUUAAAUCUGUUCUUAGCAUUUGGAUACAACCCACUCAUUGUGUGUUUGCAUUUCAUUCUUGCAUCUCUCAUAACAUGAUCACACUUAGGGGGAGUAUUAAUACUUGGCCUAUCUUCCUCUGAUUGAUUCGCCUUGGGCUAGUGUCUACUGUGCCCCAUCUCUUUGUGAUCCUCCUUCUACAUUGCUUCCACUACGUAAGUUGCCUUUGUCAUUCCUAUUCAAAAAGGGGGAGAAAUAUAUGAUGUUAAAUGUGUUGUGUGAUCUGUUGGAUUUACAUGCUGUGUUUAAUCAGUGGUAUCAUUAUUCUAUCUUGUGUAUUUUCACAAUGUGUGUGUGAUAAGUGUUUCAGGAUUGACAGGUGUGUUCACAAGGGAAAGUUCUCAAGUACCUGUUGAGGGGGAGUUUUCAUACGGUAAAGUUGUUUUGUAUAGGAAUGCCAAAGGGGGAGAUUGUAGGUACAACUCUUGUACCUGUCGUAUUGGCAUUCCCAUACAAAGAGUCCCUUUAUGUGGAGUCAGUUUUUAGGAAGUGGUUUUGGGCUUUAUGGAAUUAUAUUCUUAAAAGAUUUUAUCUGAUAAAUAAAAGGGUAGUUUUUAAGUCCUAGGUAUUCUAGGAUUUUGUGGAUAUCUUGGAAUAAAAGCUCUUUCCUAAUACAAGUCGAAUUAGGGUAAAUAUUGGCUUUAUUGAGUAGUUGCCGCAGGCCUAUUAGAUGAGCUGAAGAAAUACACAGUCUAAAGCAUACAUUCAAAAACGCAAGAAUUUGUGAUAGGGUCUUGCAUGUUUGUUUGAGUUUGUGCCUUCACAAAGAGUCAAAACACUUGGUCCAUGUAUAAGUGUUUGUGAUCAUAGUUUCAUAUGCAUAAUACUCUCUCGAGAUCAGUAGAGCGACUGUGAAGAAAGAAGAACAAGAUUUGAAGAUCGUUCAAGUGAAGGAGUUCUUGAAGGAAGACAAACUUUGUAUUAGAUUUUGUGUGAAUCUUAUAGCCGAGCUAGUGCUAUUCAAAGUUUGUAAAAGAACAUAUCCUUUUCAAUAUGAUGAUCUUUAUUUUGGGUU